GGUUUAACUUGUCAGGAAAUUAAUCCAGGUUGCUGUUAGUUUUGUGCUGUAGCUGAUGUGUUCACUCCUGUAUUUGUGCUGAGUGCCUGCUUGUGGCAAUCUGCUGAGUGUUGCUGAACUGCCAUUUCUGCACUUCAGUGUUUCUGCCUCUGCACCUCCCUCAUUCUGUGUGCAGACCUGGAGCCUAUAAAAGCCUUGCUGGUGAGGGUUGUCGUUUUGGAAACAGAAGACCGUUUGUCACUUUCUGGUUGCCCAGUAAAUCCAUGUUUAUUUGAUAACCAUGGCUAGAAACCUACUGAAGAAUCCCAAUGGGGAUGAGCAGCUAGAUUUCUGGGAGCUGACAGAGAAUGGCGGGGACCUGUGGAAAGUGGAGGACAUGCCAGGAGACAGAGGUCAUGACUUCUGCAAUGAGGAAGUCACAAAAUACUUUGUAACAUCCUUUGAGCUUUGCCUAAAGAGGCAGGUGAUUGACCUGUUAGAGGAGGGUUACAGCCCAGAUCAACUGGAUGAUCAGCCUCCUGUCACAGUGGAAGACUGGUUCUGUGGCAGAACCGACUGUGGCUGCACCUAUCAGAUGACCUCAUGUCUGCUGGAUCAGAAUCAGGAGGUCCUGCAGGAGUAUAAACAUGGGCUGGAGACUCUGUACCCCGAAGCAGACUGCUCGUGGAAACAGGUCACUCAUACGUUUUCUGACUAUGGCCCUGGAAUGCGUUUUAUCUCAUUCGAACAUGGAGGACAAGACACCAAUUACUGGAAAGGGUGGUUUGGAGUUAGGCUCACUGGGAGCUCUGUGACUCUUGGUGUCUGAACCAGAGGAAGAACAAGAAAAGGGGAACUAAAACAAGUAUAACAGGGAUAAAUCUUUGUUUCAGAAACAAAAGGAGGACCAGUUUAAACAUUUAGCUGCUUUAAAACAUGCUGCAGUGGCUAUGUUAUAUAAAUUACUACGGUUAACACAUAAUGGCACCUUAACUUUACUAAUAUUUCUAUAUUCAACCCACAGUUGACAGCAAUGAUUCUUAAUGAGCUUCUAAUUAACCAUUCAACUGUUAAUCACAGUAAUUGCUUAUAAUACCUACACUUGUAACGCACCACCUCCUCCCCAGGAAGAAACGAUUACUUUAAUGGUGAAAAGAUAUAGACCAAAAAGCAACAAGUGCAUCAAUACAUGGGUUAAAGAUUUAAACUCUCCUGCAGAGGGUUCAUUUAGACUUACAAUUUUACAAAAAUGUUGAGGUCCUUAAUUUCGAUCGUUAGUCCAACUUUCUUUACUUUCCUUUAUCAUCCUACUGCAAUGUACUUUUAAAAUAUUUUUUGUCAUCAUGUAGAGUGCUUUAAAAUGUCUUGUUGCUGAAAUGUGCUAUACAAAUAAAGUUGCCUUGCCUAAAACAGUC